AUGGAGGGCGCCCGGGGAGGUGACCUGGAUCGAGCGCUCCGCCGGGCGAAGAAGGAGGGCCAAAGUGGCCUCGCAGAAAAGACGGUGCGUCUCCUCAUGGAGCAAGCACUGCGUGCUCUAGUUUACAUACACUCGGAGUGCGUCAUCCACCGCGAUGUCAAGCCCUCGAACAUGAUCCUCACACGGCUUGACCAACAUCCACCACACCUUCUGCUCGCAGACUUCGGCAUCGCCGAU